GUGCCAGUCUCAAACAUGGCCUCGAAGUACGCUCGACUUCCGGCUCCCGCCUCCCGCCUCCAGCUCACAGGUGGAGUGCGAUCUUCAGCACGCCUACGAGCCCGAAGUUGCUCUGAAGCCAGCUUGGCCCCUGCCCAGGAUGUCACUGGCUCCACGUCUGCCAAAACAGCAUGUCUGACUUCCUCAUCACACAAGGCUGCAGAUAGGCGGACUUCCAAGAAGUUCAAGUGUGACAGAAGUCAUCUUUUGAAGGUUGAAUUACAGAAACUAGUCCCUAAAAGUGACAGUGCUUCUUUGCCAAAAGUGGCACCCAAGGUCCCUUGUGAAAAUGAGUUUGCAGAAGACAGUAUGUUGCUCCUAGGCCGUGAGGCUGGUGUGGCUACGCAGCAGGAGGCUGCAGCGCCUCCCCACAGCCCUUGCAAAGCUGCCAGUGACCCUUGCUCAGCAAAGACUGAAGAUGGUCUAUCUACGCAGGAACCCAGCGCAGGGGCAGGGGCAGAGGAGUCAAAUGGCUGCUCUGUGGGGCAGGACCAGGUGGCGCUGGAAAGAGAGGAUGUGCAGAAGCCAUUGUUUCAGAUGGACAACAGCGUCUUUCUAGACGAUGACAGCAACCAACCCAUGCCAGUGAGCCGAUUUUUUGGAAAUGUUGAACUCAUGCAGGACCUGCCUCCAGCCUCUUCAGCUUGUCCUUCAAUGAGCAGACGAGAAUUCAGAAAAAUGCAUUUCAGAGCCAAAGACGAUGAGGAUGACGAUGAUGCAGAAAUGUAGAGAAGCACAGAAUGAUUUCUUGACACAUUCAGGAUAGUUAACAGUUUGACAGUUUAGCAAAUUAUGCAGUUUAUAUACAGUGCAUCUCCAAGAGAAUGUCUUAAUCAGAUUUCACCCCUAAGAGAACUGUGCAGAACACCAGAUGCCUGUGGGAGGUGUCCGUGCAGCCCUGCAGCUGCUGCUUGGGUGCAGGCAUCUUUUGUCACAUUCGUAUGCUGUGGUGCUGGCGUGGGUUAGCCAUGAGGGCUCCGUGUUAAGUGAGUAUGAUCUUUGUAAGGAAACCUUCCCUUGAGCUCCUUAGUUUUAUGAUAUGCAAGUUUGUUUUUUUUUCCAUUAUCAGAAUCUGAUCACUUCUGAUCAAUUCAGUGCCAGUGCUUGCAGGAUUGUCCUCAUUGCAGUGUAGAGCUAGUGUUGACCUUGAGAUUUUACAAAAUACACAUGGCAAAGAAAUAAAAAUUUAUUUUGAAAAUUUUUUAAGUACUGUACCUAAAACUACUCCUUCCUCAAAAAUUUGAGAGCUAAGGGAAGAAAUGAACCUUGUCCCUAGGCUAGGACCACUGUUUAGGCCCAUUAACCUGCAGGAGAGGUAAGGCCGCUGGGACAGGCUUUGAGAGGCGACCCAGCCCCUGCCCUGCCCUAUUGUCCUUGUUGACAGCUCACUCAACCUUUGCCACAAGAGGGUCAGACUGCCUCCCUCGUUCUGCGUGGUGGAGGCACCAUCCAGUGAGGUGUACCAUUCGGCUGCAUGUGUUCUCAGGUGGCACCCUGGGCCCACACACCUGAGCCCUACCUGGGAGUGUUCCCCAGCCCCCACCUGUAUCAAGAAGCACCUGGUGACGUGUCUUCCCCAGUGGACAAAGGGGUGCAGCACAGGGGGGCUUUCCCAGCCUCUUCCUUUCAGCUGUGCUCCAGGGCUCAGCAGAGCACCUAGGAGGAGGAAGCCUGGCCGCUGGUUGUACCAACAGGAAAAGUGCUCGGCCCUUGAGAACACACAGGACUCUGUAAGGAGUGGCUCCCUGUCUGGGCUCCUGCUCAGUCCUGGCUGUGUAUAGCCAGGCUGCCCACCAACUGUCAGCCGUCCUAUGAGGUAACAGGAAGUGACAACACAGCAGACCACUCAGCAGGUGACAAGCCCUGUGAGGCUCCUUCCACUGCCCUCCCUGCAAGUAGUUUCCCUGCACCAUUCUCUGCUUCUGUUGUGAUCCCCAUCACCUGCUCUGGAAGAUUCUGCCAUUUAUCCAUUGACUGAAUAUAAUUCAAAACUUAUUAGUAGUCAUUUUCUGAAAGCCAGGGGAAAUAAUUUACAUCUUUAGGUUGCUGCAUUAGUGCAGUCUGUAAUCUGCACUGCCUAGGUGGGAGCACAAUCGGUUCUGCCACACCUGACCUCUGUAGGGCCCUUCCUAACUGGUCAUGCAACUUGAGCCAGUCCCAGAAGCCUCAUAUGACAUCUAGGAUUGAGGUGGCAGAGAUGACAAACCUAAGUCCCUGAAGGUCACUAUCAAAGGGAAGCAGAGUUGCCACAGCACCGGUAUCACAUGUAUAGUAAGCGGCCCCAGGUGGUGUGCAGGGCCUCUGGAGCAAAUGGACCCAGUGCAGAGGUUCUGCCAUUGUGCUUCCAGAUGCAGGGCCACCUGCAGAAACACCAGGGAAUCAACCCACAGCACAUGUGAACACUAAGCACUAGAGAAAAUAAACCUCAGAACACACUAGUGUAUAGUAAGAUCACCGUGAGCACCGCACACCCUCUGCACAGGCUGACCACAAGCAUCUGCCUUGCAGGCAUAGCCCCAAAGCAACAGGAGGCCACAUUAUUACAAAAGGACUUCUUAGAAACCAUCUCUAAACACAAGACAUCGGGAGCACAGUGCUCAGUGUGCCCAGGGGAGAAGGGGCACUUCCUGAAGGUGUGAGCCACCACAAAGGGCAAGUCCCCACUGGCAUCUGGAGCAGCCCUCUCUGGACUAGAGAGGCUUACAGCCUGCUGCAUAGGUGGGACCCUCUGAGUUCCAGGAAGUUCCUGUGCCAGGCAUCCUGGCUACCAGCCCAACUCUCCCUCUGCCUUGAGCCCUUGACAGGCCAAGCAGACACCACCCUGAGUUGGGACUUCAGUUCCACCACAGCUGUGCUCCAAGACUGCUGGGUCUCUGCAGAUGGAGGAUUAGGGUCGGCCACUAAUGGCCUCCAGCCUCUCAGUUCAGCCUUAUUCUCGUCACUCCCAAUGAGCAGACUCUUGACGGUUUAGAGAGACCUUUAUUGCUUUUUCUAAUGGCAUAAGUGUAAAAAUCCAAAUAUUAUGAAAUUUAUCUUUACAAAGUACAUUAUGAAUUGUUAUAAAAUACAUUUUUAAAAAUUCAAGUAUUACAAAUGCAUGAUGUAGGAAAUUAGCGCUUUGUUACCCAUUCCACUCCUGUUAAGUGCCCAGGAUCACUGCCAUGCACAGCUUGGUGUUUCCUCCCAGAUUAUCUGCACAUAAUACACUUUGUUUUUGGUACUAGAGAUUAAGGCCAAGGCUCUUAAACACUGAGACCCAGACCUAGCUCGCCAUUUUUUAUUUUAAAACGGUGCUUGCUACAUUACUAAGAACCUCACUAAAUUGCUGAGGCUGGCUUCGAACUUGCAAUCCUCCCGCCUCAGCCUCCUGAGCUGCUGGGAUUACAGGCAUAUGCUACUAUAUCCAGCUUCCUACGCACAUUUAAAAAACCAAUAGGUCAGGCUGUGGCUCAGUGUUAGAGCACUCACCCAGCAUGCGUGAGGCACUGAAUUUGAUCCUGAACACCGCAUAAAAAUAAAAUAAAGGUAUUGUGUCCACUUACAACAAAAAAAUACAUAUUAAAAAAAAAAACCCAACAGGUCAUACUCUGCAUAGCCAGCCCCCUGUGCACUCAACAGCUUCCCAUUUCUACACAUGAACACUUACAAACACUUAAAGCUAUUACAGUUUUGCAAUAUGUACAUGUAUUAGGUCAAAUCAUGAAAUUAAUGACAUCCAACCAUUUUUUACCUAAAAAAAAAAGCAAGCUUGCAAGGUCCAACAUAAUGCCACUCAGCUAUUCCCCACUGAGACAUUUGGAAAGUUUUAAAUAAUUCACAGCAGUAACCCUGCAGUUCUCCAUGGAGCACAGACUUUUACCCCAGAAGCAACACAUCUCUCUCUGGGGCUUUUAAAAGGAUCCAGAGAUGGAACUGCCAUUUAAAUGGAGACCAGCACAAAACUGAGGCACAGGAGCAGCCAGGCUCAGCUGUGGGACCUUGUGAGCAUGGAGACUGCCACAGGAGCACAUGCAGUGCUGGUGGAUCAGUGCCAAAGGCCAGAGCUCAGCAUGACUCCCUGACACAAGCACCCAGCAAGCACCCAAAAGAUGUCCUCUGGCAGAGGAAACAGACUCUGAACUGUACUGAAAUCAGGUUUGAAGAGGUUUUCUUCCAGGAACCACUGGAGUGAGGACAAAAUACAAAAUCGCACCUGUUACUGUUAGGCACAGUUGGGCCUUGUGGAGGGUAAAGGACUCGGCACCCGGGUCACCGGCACUUUCGAGCAGGCCGCCGCCUCUUUGGCCUCUUCUGGGAUCUGUAGAUCCUACCAGGGUCGCACUCGAGCUUGUGGGUGGUCUUCUUGUGGCAGGCGAUGUGCACCAGCUUGAGGUUCUCUGAGGUGAAGAGCAGGCUGUAGAAGUAUUCCCAGUCCACCUCUCUCCCGCCCUGUUCCUGGAUGGCCUCAGCCAGUGUGGGCACGAUGGUGCGCUUCUUCUCUAUUCUGCAAAGCCAGGUUAGAGGUGGUCACACUGCUGACGCAGUGCCAUAGCCCAGAUGUGGUACGGUUCCUACUCGCCCGUUGUCACUAAAACAUACAGUGCCUGGCCACUUACAGGAAAGACCAGCGUGGGAUCUUUAAGAGUCUAGAGGCACACCAGGAACAUCCCAGAAGGACCACAUGGCAGUGAAACAGGUGGGCUCAGCCAACACUGCAGGAGCCCAGCUCGAACUCCUGUGUCGUCCCCGAGUUGCGGGUACCUAUGGGCAGGUCUGUCUAGCAGAGCCUGCGCCCAGUGUAGUACGUCUCACUCUUUAACACUUGAUUUGUGGGCACUGUUCAAACAUGCUGAAAAGAACACAGGGGAGAAGGAGCUGAUCAUACUCCAUCACCACAAGCUGCCACCAGCAACUUCGCUUGUGUCCCAUUUUAUCCAGGUCAAGAUGGACCCCCAAGGCAGGAAAUUUAAAAAUGACCUGAAGCUAAAGUCACCUUUGACUCCCACCUCAAUCUCAUGUCUGCUUCCUACCUUGGGGACGGGGAUUAAGGAUUCAGUAUGUCUCUUUCUAGUCCUAAUCUUACAUGUCUAGUUUUUUUAAAAAAACAUGCCAUUACUCUGUAUAAAUCUGUUUCACUUAUAAGCAACCAAUUCAAGAGAACACCAGAUAUCUAGUAAGGAGAUGGGACCACGGUGAACAGGUCAUCUGGCACCAAGGUGUCCUCACCCCAUAGCCUGGAAAAGCUAAGAAAAACUUUAUCACAUAAGUGAGAGCAACAGGAAAAAGGAGGUACUGAGCUACCAGGAACACAGAAAUCACUGUUUGACGCACGAGGGCACCACACUCUAGCCAUCAGAGGGACCUUGAGGGGCCUACGCCAUGCCCAGGGCCCUGGUAGAGAGAGGGAGGCCCUUCUGCAUCCAGUGUCCAUGCCAUCCAGUCAGCCGCCCCUCCACCAUGUAAAUGGUCUCCUGCUGGCCCUGCAGGCCCUCCCAGGGCUGCUGCACUUCCUGAGGGUCAGCUGGGCCUGGGCCCUUCUCCCCAAUGGCCCUGCAUCCCCAAGAGUGAUCAAGAGGACAAGAUCUGACGUGCAAGCACUUGUCAAGCCACAUCUGCCUCCUAUUGCUAAGGUACGUGGCUACACCUGGAUUUAGCAUCAGGGGAGGAGCAGGGGCAACAAGGGCACGUACCAUCUGUACCUAUCUCCAGUCAUACCUAUCUCCAGUCAUCCACCCUCAGGCCGGUGUCACAUGGGCAGAGUCCCGAUGAACACAACCAACACGGCUCAGGAACAGCAGGCAAGCAGCAGUGUGAAAUUGCUUCAGCACCACUGACAACCCUGGGUGUCUGUGGGGACAAGGGCACAGACACUCCAGAGAGAAGCCCACAGGCCAGCACAUGGUGUGCACAGGAAAAGCUCCACCCGAGAUGAGUGCUGGACCCAGCCCACACACCACCAAGGAGCCAUACCUGGACAAGCAGCACUAUCCCCACACAAGUCAAAGGCCAGGGAGGGGCCAGAUGACUGCCCAAGACACCUCGCCUCAGAAAACCCAGGCAGAGUGCCGGGCUUCCUGGACCACCCUCCAACUCGAGACUUUCUAAAAGGACUCCCAGCCCACUGACGGCUGCUGUGCUUGUGGCUCUGAGUCACACAGCUGAGGCUACUUAGCCUGGCAUCAGCCAGGGAGGAGGCACACAAGGCAACCACUCCUCCAGCCACUCCAUGUGCCUGGAGCACUGCCAACCAGGGAGAGCACCCAAGCCUCAGGAGCACAGUCUACAGUUGACCCCAGUCCCCAGUGCCCCCAGAGGUCAGGCUGGUAGCACUGACUUCUAGGAAGGGCAUAAUCUACAACGGGCAGGCUGGACAGUGUGGAACUGCAGGGCCACUAGGGAAGAACACUGCUGCAGACUGGGGGGCGUCUGCAGGGCGCAGACUGUCCUCCAAGGCUGAGAGCCAGAAGCCCAAGGCCGAUGCCCCAGGCUUGGUCCUUCUGGUCAGGGAGCACGUCCUGCCUGCAGACAGCAGCCUCUUAGUGUGGGCAAGAGAGCAUGCCUUCUUCCUCUUCAAAGGCUACAUCCUACUGGACGAGGCCCCCUCUUGUGACCUCCUUUCACCUUAGUUAUCUCCCAGUGACCUUGUCUGCAGAUGUGGUCACACGGGGGGACAGAGCUUCAGUGUGAACUUGGAGGUGCCAAUUCAGUCCACAGCAGAAAGUCAGUCACCUGAAACUCAGCACCACAGAGCUGGGUCCCUGGAAGAGCAGAGACCGCACCAGGAGGCGGAACAAGAAGGCCCAACCACACUCAGCAGUGCCUAAGAAACACCUGCGAGUUCUCCAGGACUGAAGAAGAGCCUUCUUCAGAACAGAGACCACAAGUCCCAGUCAGUACCAAAAAGAAAGACUGACCCCCAGACAUAUCAUUUGCAGAGAGGAGAAAAACUAAAACUUCCAUUAAAAAGGCAGAAAAGCAGGCAGAUGCCAGGAGACAUCGUAUCACCCUUCAGGCACUGAAGCAGGUGCCUGUCAACCAGCACUCAGUGUUUGAUGGAAGUUUGUUGAGCAGGAGCUGGACAGACACAUGCAGGCUGAGAGUCUGCUCCUCCCACCUCCAUAAAGAUGCCCCAGGGCCCCCGGCCAUCAGCAGCACAGCCAGAUAAGACACAGAGUGCUGGCAAGCAGACACGGGUGGUGUGUUGGUGAUGUAAAGGACACUGGCCAGAAAACCACACAAGCAGGACUAAAGUCAGGGGGACAACUACCAAAAGCAGAAUAGCGUGCCAGAGUGAGGAGGACGAUGCAGACUUCGGGUGUUAAGAUACCACGACAGACACAGCUGAGCACCCACGUUCCAAGCACUGAAGGGCGGUGACAGGCAGAGAGGAAGGACCACUCAGGCAACAACGGAAAGCACAGUACAGACCCGAAAGAAGGGCAGAGGAGGUGCUGUGGGCAGGAAACUCAGAACCGGGUAGCUCCAAUAAACUCAGGUCCAUUUACUCAUGCAAUAAAAUAUUGCACAAAUAUUGACCAAACAGCCACUAUCGACAGACACUGUGCUAGACACUGGGAACAGGUGACCCCACAGAGAUUGUGUUCCAGCAGAGAGCACCACCAUGGGGCAACACAAGGCUGGAUGAAACAAAAGGCAGUUAACCUGGCUAACGAGACAAGUGCCAACCUCAGGGCACCUGGGAAAAUUAUGAAAAUCAGCCUCUAGAACCACAAAAGGAUUUCAAGAGCUGCUGUUAAGUAAGCCAGGCAAGAAGAAACGUGUGGCCUUAACACCAAGGACCAGAGUGCUGAGGGAGCCAGGCCCUGGCCGGACCGCUGCAGCUGCCAGGAAGGGAAGGGCUCCCCUGCACUGCCGGACGCCAGACCUCUGAAAAGUCUGGAUUCCUCUCCGACCUGCCACUGGCCUUCUGCGCCACAACAUGUGAGUGGGAGGACGGUGCCCUUUUAUUUCACAGGUGGCUUGCUUUUUAGCUCUUCCACAUUUAAGCAUGUGCAUAGUCUUGAGCCCCAUACAUCAGGGGAAGGCUGUGGCUAUGGCUGGGGAGGACAGACAGACCAGUGUUCCUUCAUCUUAAUGACCACUGGUAAAAAUCAACACUUUUGCACACAACUGAAAGCAUGUAUAUCUUAUAAAAGAGAACGAAACUGACACGGGUACUCCACAAACACCAUCACCGGCUCAGGCCAGGCGUUCCGCCACCACCAUCUGUAUUUGUUCUAGGCUGGCGUGAAGAGUUCCAGAGCAGUCAAGACAGUCCAGAGGGCCACAUGUGGACAUUCAGUGUCAGAAAGAGCCCAGCAAACAAACCAGCAGAGAACUCGGCGAGUCCUCGUGACAAGUGGGCAGGACGACUUCCUCCUAGAGCACACCCAGCACCUACAUCUGCUGUGAUCAGAGAGCGGAGAGCUGAAGGCCAGCCAGGUAGAAGGCAUCUGUGACACUGACAGCCAGCAGAGAGGCAGGACUUGUGAAGAGCUCUGCAAACAAGAAGCUAUGGAAACAGCCCUGCUGGCCCCAACUUCCCCACAGGCCAUGGCCACAGCUCCAGUUCCAACAUGUGGCACCAGCCUCUGAGAGCCCAGCACCAGGCCACAGGGAGUCAGGCGCUAAGGCCAGACAAGGUCCAUCCACAGGUGGGAACAGAGAGCAGAGGGCUCAAUGUCAGGCAUGCACUGUGACAGCAGGCAGAACAUGUCUCUCCAGUAGCCCAUCCACGUGCACACACGGGGCUGCUUCCCUGGACCAGACCCACGCAGCACAGCAAGCACACACCAGGCAGCCAACAACAGUGAGCCCAGGCUCCUUGGCAGGGCCCGGACCCCUGCAAGCUGCUCUUCUUGUCUGCAAACCUGAGUCUCGGCAACAGGCAUUCCCAAAGGUCCCCCUGCCGCAGACUCACAUGUGAUCCAGGUUCCAGGUGCUGAAGAGGACCCGGCUCUCCCUGUUGCUAUAGGGGUUGAUGGAGUGCUUUGACGCACAGCUGUCCAGGUCAAAGGGGCCCUGCGGCGACAGAACAGGGGAGGCGAGGAUGAAGGCCCUGCACUGGUCUCCAGCCCCUGGGAUGAGCCUACUGGGCAGAGAAGCAUCUGCUGUCAGGAGCAGGGCAGGAAUUCUGCCUUUGGGGCCAUCUCCUCACUGCCCCUGACGCUAUCUGCUGAGUUUGCAAAGGGGACAAGUUAGUAUUUGUCAGGGCUUCUAGAAACGUGUCUUAUCAUGUGCCUAUAUGUCUCCGCGCUGGGUAGACCAGUCUUCUCUAGCUGUCCCAGGGCACUGUGACCACACACAGCUGCCCCUACCUCCUGGGAAGUGGGGAAGGUGCUGACGGCCAGGGCUAUGGCUGGGGAGGGGUGAGCAGGACCACACUGCAUGAUGCUCUGCAAGGCUUCUUGGACUUUCCCUGCGACCAACAGAAGCUGAACCGCCUGGGUGAAUAUGCCGCGGUGGAGACUGCCACCUUCCCGGGGCCAACACUUGUACACCUCGGAUGUUUGUGGGACUCUUGCUGAGCACUAUGGCUGCACCUGCCACCCUCUGCACCCCUCGAAGCCUCCCAGCACACAGCCACCUCUGCCCUGGCACCCUCACAAACUGUCCACCUCCCACUACUCUGGGACCACCUCGAGGACAAGAGAGAGGCAGGAGACAUUUCUGUCCCCAGCUCAUUGUAUAGCACCUGGCACAGAGUGAGCUCUCAGCAAAUGGUGCAGUGAGCCCCUGGGAGUCUGUAUGCUUGGCUAGCUGGGAAGGAGGACAUCUCCACCAUCACCACCUAUCGCCAUGAGGAAUGGUCCAACAGGAAAUCCCAGUGGUCAGAGGCCACCCUGGCCACCCAGCUCUGCUGUCAGAAACACCCAGCAGGAAGGCCCCAGUGUGGGGACUCACUGUACAAGCACUUGCAGUUUGCCAUGGCAGGAGGUCCCCCUGCAGGUGCCCCCCAUGCUGCAGCAGGGCCCAGAGAAAUGCCACACCCUGGAGCCAUUACCACUCAACACUGGACCACGCCUCAUGUCCCAGAAGGGAGCCCAGAACAGCAGCACGCAGGAAGCACAUGCAGACGGCCAGGCUCACCCUCACUGUAUCACUGCUCCAGCCUCCAGACCCCAUGUGAAAUGACGCUCCUCUGGACGUCAAGAGGUGGCCCAGCCAGAACCGGGGGUGUGCCAGUGCAGCCCAGAGCAUUCUUUAUAGCUGAUGCCCCCACCAGGGAGUGAAGCUCAACCAGUGCCCCCACAAAUCUUGACACACAGGGACUCUGCCACCCAGAAAGCUGAUGGCAAGGCUCCGGGCACAUGAACAUCAGCACAAGCCAAGGCCAGAGCCUCUCGCUCCUGCAGCUGCCCUCUGUCCAGGCCAGAGGGUCUCAAACUGAGUCCUGGGACGAGAAUAUGCCUUCAGUGCUAUUCACAGGCCUGCCCUCCUAGCUCUGAAUGCAAGGGCCACCCCUUCCCACAGGCUGUGCCAGGCAAGCAAGGGUUCAACUCUUCCUGCCUCGCUCAAGGAGAGCUGUGCUCAGGCCACCAGGGCUGACCUAGAGGGAAGGACACUGCUCACCUGGCAGGAGAACCAGCCUUCCCGCGUGCAGAGACGGCUGCCGGCCUCAGCUCCUCGGUCAAAGUAGCUGCCAUUGUACUGCGAAGACCUGAGCCUCUGGCACAUGGCACCAAGGAUCCGUAAGUACUCCUCACGAGCUUCUGCGCCCAGCACUCGGGAACAGGAGCUCACCUGCAAGAGUCCAGGGCCUCGCUGGUCCCAAAUCCUCUGUCAGACUUGCAAUCUACAAGCCUCAAAGUCCUCAGAGACCUGCCCUUCUGGCCACAUGGACUAGACCCUGCCCAAACUCAGUCCUGUGGUCAGAGGUCUGCCCACUGCCCAGCUGUUCCAUGCUAUGAAAUCGCUGAGCCCAUGAACUGGAGGUAAUGGUCAUGCUGGUUACCAGGCUGGAUAAGAACUAAGAUCACACAGUGAUAGCAGCCACCUCCUGGGGACAGGCCAAGAGUAGUCAUGGUUAAGGCUGGGUCUCUCCUGAAGAGGGAGAGCACCAGGACCAGCCCUGCCAUUCCAGUGAACUGAGUUCCUUGGGAACAUGGGGACAGCCAGCCACCAAGACCUUGGGAGGGCAGAGACAGAGGAUGGCAGCACAUCAGUAAGUAAGGCAGACCAAGGGUACAGGGAGCUUGCCCACGUGGCGCAGCUCUGGGACAGCACACAACCCUCCACCAGCCAGUGCGGGGAGGAAACCCAUGCAGACGAGGAAACCCAUGCAGACAAGAAAGAAGAAAGGUGUGUGGAGCUGGCUCCACCUUCAGAAAAGAGGGCAGGGCCACAGGAGGAGGGCCAAGUGACAGAGGUAUGGGUCAGGCAGUGACCCAUACCUGUGGCUCAGGCUGCUAACCCCUCAGGCCUCAGCUAGACCUACCAACCUAGUCAUGGUGGCACGAGAUGGACUCAGCUCUGAGCACCCUCUCAUGUCUGCCCGCUCGCCCUAGCACUUGCCCUGGCACUUCCUGGUCACCAUGGAAGAAACCCAUGCUCAAGCAUCGUCUGCAUAAGGAGGCCUACAGGUGCUCGCCCCUUCCUGGCAGGAGCAACAGGUGGGCAGACAGAGGAUGGCAGCACAGGGGCAGCACCACACACAGUAUCCUGGAGACACCCCAAAGGGCACAGCCAGGCAUGCCCACAGGAGGGCAUCCUCAGUGGCAGCAGGGUCACCCACGGGGCACAGCCAGGCAUGCCCGCAGGAGGGCAUCCUCAGUGGCAGCAGGGUCACCCCACGGGGCACAGCCAGGCAUGCCCACAGGAAGUCAACUCAGUGGCAGCAGGGUCACCCACAGGGCACAGCCAGGCAGUGCAAUCAGGAGGGUAUCCUCAGUGGCAGCAGGGUCACCCACGGGCACAGCCAGACAUGCCCGCAGGAGGGCGUCCUCAGUGACAGCAGGGUCACCCACAGGGCACAGCCAGGCAGUGUUCACAUGAGGGCAUCCUUGGUGGCAACAGGACCACCAAGAGGCACAUGCAGCUGCAUCCAGCCCCACAAGUGUGGCAGGGCCCAGUCAAGGUAGGGGUGGAGGGAGACGACCAAGAGACCCCAGAGUCUGUGCAGCCACAUAGGCACAGGGACGGCACACUAUGAAAAGACAACACCCACCCCCUGCUCUACAGCUGGCUCAACUCCUGCCAGCGAGCGGGCCUGCAAGGACCAAAAGCAGACAAAGCUGCCAGAGCCAAGACCUUGCUGUCCCACCCGGAAGGACCUGAAUGGAGACACAGAGCCCAGUGCAUUGGAGAGCUCGGGCCCACGCUCCUGGGACAAACACCUGGCCCACUAGGCUCCACGGAGCAUCCCCUUCCACUCUGCACUCCACCUUUCACACAGGUCUGAUCUGCUGAGGAGCAGCACAGGGACCAUGUCAGGAUGGCAGACCCAAGGCCUGCCUUCCUGAAGGCAGACAGCUGCCCAGGAGUGUCCACACUCCUUCCUAUGCCACUGGGCCAAGCCUCUCCCAGGGAGGAGCCAGCAUCAGAGCCCCAUGUGGCCACUUGGCCCUGCAGUUCUUCUCCAAGCUCAGAUGACCACACUGUGCCCCAGAGGGUUGGCAAGAGGCUGCUGCCCGAGCAGGGUGAGGCACAGAGAAAAAGGGCAUCUGUUUGGGAGAGUUCAGGUCAGAAUGGAACUUGCUGCCACAUGGAAACACUCAGGGGCUAGUUCUGCUCUUCACCAGCAGGAAGAAGUCCACACAAAACAGAGGGGGAGUAAGUGGCUCUGCUGGGCCUCAGCAACCCCAGCCACAGGCCUCCAUCCCAGGUUCUAGCACACUGGGGUACCCAAUAGUGGUCUCAGAGGUGGGGCACAGGAGAGAUGUACCAGCAGAAAAGUGGCCUCCCACCACUUACCCACACCCUGGGCCCAGAGCCCUGGGCACAGCUGGCCUGAACAAAAAAGCACUUACCUCUCUCAGGUAACUCCGGAUCCGGCUCUCGCAGCUGUAUCGUAGGUAGCCCGACUUGCUCCUGAAUCGGGACUCCAAGCCUGUAAGGAUGAAGAAGAGUCCCUGGAGUCCAGGGCAGCCAGGGCCUCUUAGCUGUGCCCGGCUGGGCUUGCCUGCCAAGCAGGGCAGACCUCAUGGUCGGCCACCUUCAUCUAGAGAACCGAGGGUGGCGGCAUACAGGGCCUCAUUUGGUCUUUGGUUUUGAGGCAUCUCCAACACCACUAAGGGCUUCUGCCUGGCUGCCCAAACAGCCCUCCUUUUCCAAGAUGGGUGCCAACUCCUCAGGCUACCUCCAAUUGGCUUCCAAGGCCAGUCCAGAAGGCAGGAGUGACCCUAGUGUGCAUUAGCAGAAGAUAAACCACAUGCACCCAUCCACAACGGAACACUGCCCAGCCUUAAAAAGAUAGUCCUGACACAGGCACCACGAGGACAAACCCGAGGGCGCGUGCUUCACUAGGUAAGUUGUCACACAGACACGCCCUGCAUGGUCCCACUUACAGGAGGCACCCAGAGUCAUCACACUCGGAUGGAAAAUAGGAUGAAGGGCAUCAGGCUGGGAUCAGUGCUCAACAGGUACAAGAUGCAAGAGUCCCCAGGCCAUACGGCAGUGACAGCAGCAUGACAGUGGGUACUCAGUGCCACUGGACUGUGAUGCCAUUCGCUUCCACAUCUGCAGUUCAGCCAACCACAAGUCUUAGGCGUUUAAAAAUUACACCUAUACAGACCACAGGCCUGUUGUUCUGCCACUCCCCAGCCCACCCGACAGCUGUGCAUGAGGAUGACUGCAGGGAUGUGAGCAGCUGCAGGCAACAGAUCUGCACAUCCCAAGGGUUUGGUCCCAUGGGGGUCCUGAAACCAAAUUCUCCCCCAGACACUGGGAGACAAGCCUACUUAACAACGGCCAAGACAGUAAACUGUAUGCUGUACUCGUUUUCACCUAACAUUUUAUUUAAGAAUAAUAAAUUCAAAAAGGGCAGCUGGAGGCUGCCUGGAUGCUACCCGACUCUCCAGGAGCCCUUGCUGGUGCCUUCCCCACGUUCCCCAGGCUCUGGAAGAGCACAUCCUGUCCCGCCUCCCUGAGAGGCCACACCAGCUCUUGGUUGUGGACACUAGGACCUGACAGACCCCAGUUUCUCCUGGGCCCUUCCCCAGCCCACACACCUUCAAACCAGGGCGGGUCCUGGGCUCGGGUCUCAGCCUCGAUGUUCUGGCUGACAGUGUGCAGGAGGUCGGCCAGCAGCUUCUGCCUCAGGGGGGCCCUCUCGCCAGAAAGCAGCUGCCGUGCAGCUUCAAUGACCCCCGCCUGCGCCUCGUGAAACAUGCUGAGGAAGCGACUAAUGUCACUCACAUCUGCCACCAGCAGGGAACAAACAGAAAUGCAUUCAGUCCAGGGAAGCCUUGAUCAGAGAAGAGGCUGCAGCUCUGUCUCUGUGACAAAAUAUCUGAGAAAACAAUUUAAGGGAGGAAAGGUUUCUUCCGGCUCCUGGUUGCAGGUUUCAGUCCAUGGUCAGUUCUGUCCACUACUCUGGGCCUGUGUGAGGCACAGCAUCAUGGACAGGGGCCUGGCAGAGUGGAGCUGUCACCUCAUGGCAUCCAGGGAGCAGAGACCCCCCCAAGGACCACUCUCUUCAACUAGGCCCCACUCCUCCAGUUUCCACCACCUCCCAAGAGCCCACUCAGCUGUGCGCUCCCUAGUGGAUUAACCCACUGAUGAGAUCAGAACCCUUGGGAUCCAAUCCAAAGACCCACCAAUGGACACCACUGCACUGGGGACCAAGCCCUCAACACGUGCCUUCAGGGACAUUCCAGAUCCAACGUCAGCAGGCCUCAAUCCCUCAGCCUGGGGAUUGACAGAAUUCAGACUCAAGGGGUCCAGGCCCUCCUCCUGGCCAGCUGUAUCCAGCAGCCAACUACACACCAGCUCCCGCCCUCUGCCCCUGUAGGGACGUGUGUCAGAGAGCGAAAGCACCUCCUGAGCACCCCUGCUCUCCUUUUGGCCUCCUCUCUUCUAAACUGAACCACCCCCUUCUGAGGGCCUUCCCUGGAGACCCCUCUUCAGACCUCCCAACCAUGCCUCCUGCCCUGGCGCAGAGGUCUGCACAACUCCCAGGGCAGGGAGCUCUCCCACAAGCUCUCAGGGUCAAGAGAGACCAGCCACCAAGGGCCCUAUCAGAAUAUCGCCACAGGGUCCAGGGAUUCUAAAGAGGAGCACAGGGAGGCCAAGUGGGGAGUCAAGCCUGGUUCAGUUUUCAAAACCAACCCACAAGACCCACCUCUCCACAGCAGGAAGGAACCUUAGGGCCCAGGGUUCAAUGGGGUUUCUUAGACUUAAUACCAAAGGCAGAAUCAGAGAAGUAGCAACCAUCAAAUUGGACUUCAUGAAAAAUAAAAAUUUGCUCUGCAAAAGACACAGUUAAGAAGAGCAGAAAGACAAGCACAGAGUUACUUCGUUUUUAUGACGACCAAUUUGUUUCUUCCUUUAUGGCUCAUGCUUUCGGUAUCACAUCCAAGAAUCCUUUGCCAAACCCAAAGUCAUGAAGAUUUUAUUCCUGUUUUCUUCCAAGUGUUUUGGGCUUUUACUUCUUACCUUUAGGUCAUAAAUCCAUUUUAAGUUGAUUUUUGCAUGUACUACAUUCAUUCUGCGUGACUGUCCAGUUAUGUCCACACCUCUUGCUGAAGAGACUAUUUUCCCCCCACUGACUACUAUCAGCACCCCUGUCGAAACAGUGACCACGUGUUUACUUCUGGGCUCUCCAUUCUACUCAUCUACACAUUCACCCCUGGCCAGGACCACGGUCUUGGUCACCACUGUGGGAAGCGUGAGUCCUCCCGUGCUCUUCUUCAAGAUUGUUUAGAUUAUUCUGAGUCCCUAGUGAUUCCACAUGAAUUACAAAUCAGAAUCACCAUGUCAACUUCUGUAAAGGAGCGGCUGGAAUUCUCUAGGGACUGUGCUGAAUCUGAAGACCUGUUUGGAGAGUACUGCCACCUCACCAAUAUCAGAUUGCCCUCUGUAUGUGGAUAGAAAUACAAGUGGCUUUGUAUACUGCUCUCAUAUCGUGCAGCUUGCUACACUCCAUUCUUAGUUCUAAGUGUUUUUAAUGGAUCCCUGAGGAUUCUACUUACAACAGUGCACCUCUGCAGAGAGAGUACUUCUUUUCCAAUCUGAGGGCCUUGUUUCUUAACUUUCCUAGCACUGUACCUCCAAUACAAUAAUAAAUGAAAGUGGCAAGAGUGAA